GCGCGGCGCAGGUUUGGCUCGUGGACACUCGCGGACCUUAUUCCGCGUCGCUUUCCCCUUCUUCCCGGCAUUCCUGUUUCCGCUUUCUCACGGCUCCUCUGUUUUUCCACCUCUGAGGCGCUUCGCGCCCAGGGCUUCAGUGACGUCAUCUUUCUGCGCUGCGCGGACGCCAGCCGGUGGAGGAAGGAACAGCUCUGCCGCCCUUCGCUGCUUUUGUUGGGCUGCUGCUCCGCCGGAAUCAUGGCGCCGUCGCUGUGGAAGGGGCUGGUGGGCAUCGGCCUCUUUGCCCUAGCCCACGCGGCCUUUUCCGCCGCGCAGCAUCGUUCUUAUAUGCGAUUAACAGAAAAGGAAGAUGAAUCACUGCCAAUAGAUAUAGUUCUUCAGACACUUCUGGCCUUUGCAGUUACCUGUUAUGGUAUAGUUCAUAUUGCAGGGGAGUUUAAAGACAUGGAUGCCACUUCAGAACUAAAAAAUAAGACAUUUGACACGUUAAGGAAUCACCCAUCAUUUUAUGUAUUUAAUCAUCGUGGUCGAGUACUGUUCCGGCCUUCGGAUACAACAAAUUCUUCAAACCAAGAUGCAUUGUCCUCUAACACAUCGUUGAAGUUACGAAAACUUGAAUCACUGCGUCGUUAAGAUUUUUACAAAUUAUAAUAAUAGGACAGGACACAGAGCUGGAAUAUUGGAGUUUGGGGUAUAAAACACUCCCCUAUCAGUAUUUAUAUUGAUCUUUCAGACCUAAUUAACAAAAGUCUAUGGCCCUUGUUUGUACACUGUUAAUCAAGUCAUUAAUGCGGUAUAAGUUAUCUGUGAAAUGAGUCUUUGAUCUUUCAAAGAGAGAGUUCUUUUUUUCAUUUAAAACAAAUUCACAUCUUUUGUAAAAGUCACUGUUUUGAACACAUUUCUUGGAAAAAUGUUGAUGGUUUCGUAAUUAUUUAUUUUCUUAGAUUUCUUUUGCACUACAGUUUUUAGGAUUCUUUUGGAAAUAGUGUGACUACUGCAUUUUGCAGCACGAACGAUAGUAAAAUGACCUUCAGUUCUUAACAACAAAUGCACUUCUCUAAGGAGACUAAAAUGGUGACUUAGUUUUUCUUAUGCCCCCUAAAAAGUGACUCUGCUUCAGCAGGUACUGGCCAGUUUUUAAUGUACCCAUGCCUUCUCAGCCCGUUCUGCUCCCAUACACCUUCUAACAUCAGCUGUCUUGUUUCAUCACUUCUCUGGGGUUCUGUGUGCAGUGAGCAAUUUUUGUGUCAGAACUUCUUUGUCAUAACAAAUGUAUUUAACAAACUCAACUUGUUGUAAAGCUACUUGUGUUCUCUUCAUUUAUCUGUCAAAAAUUUCCCUAAUUGAUUUUGUAGUAUAAGAAUAGUUGAAGAUAGACCAAAAAGACCAUUCGUGAUUUGAUUAUCUUGCCUGUGUAAAAAAAUAGUAAUCACUGAGGAAAACUGAUUCCAUGUCAUUAGUCAGUUUAACUUAUUCAAAAAUAACUCUAUUUCAUUGCACACUAAACUAGUGAAUUAGUAAAAAUGAAGGAAACUUCUUAUUAAAGGUAGACUUCAAAGGAAUUGGGCCAAAUAUGUUCUAUAUAUUUGGAACUAAUAUCUUUAAGUUUUUAAAAAGGUCAGUUAAGAAAUUGUUUCAUAGCUUCUGAUUUGUAGCAGGCUUAGAGUUUUCCAUCUUCAUUGUAUGUUGCUGAAGGUGAGGAUGGGGUACAGAGUAGGAUUUUUUUAGAAACAGUAAUUUUGGGGAAAUUUGGCUGCUUUUUGAUCUGCAGGAAGCUUAACAUUUCUUUGUAGAGAACAUUGCUUUUGUUGAAUUGUACAGGUGUGACAAUAGGUGUAAAGGGAAUAACUGUAUGCAGAUUUGAAAAGGAAAUGUGUUUUAGGCAAGAGUCAUAAGAUGCUCUUACGCUUGAUGGCAUUUUUUCCAUUGGGAAUGAACCUCAGCUCUUCUCUUCUGCCUGCUAACACACAGCCCCAAAGCACGAGGUGGUUUUAUCAUUGGCUUUUUAUUGUCGUUCAGUUUUGCUUUGUUUGCCAACCCAGUCUGUGAGUGGAAUACUGACUCUGCCUGCUUUCUGAGAGAACAGAGUUAGAAAUCUGCUGAUAACCUAAAAUAACGUAGAAAUAAGUUAAAAAUGUGAACUCACGGGUUAAAGUGGUGAUAAUUAAAUCAAAAUAUUGUGCAAGAAUCAAGCUCCUUACGUCAGGCUUGUCUAGUGUUUCCUCAGGUCUGACGUGACUUGCAAGAGCCUCUUGUUUUCUUCUCUUUUGGGGCUAUCUUCCUUUCCUGAUAUGUUUUUCUGACAAAUUUAUUUGAGAUAAAAUUCACAUAACUUAAAAUUCACCCAUUUAAAGGGUACAAUUUAGCGAUUUUGCUGUAUGUUCACAAAGUUGUGCAACCAUGACAACAGUCAAUUUUAGAACAUUUCCUUCACUCCCAAAAGAAACCCUGUACCCUUUAGCUGUCACCUCUCAUUUCCCCCAUAGUGCCUCCCAGCCCCGGGCAACCACUAAUCUAUGUUCUCUCUCUAUAGAUUGCCUAUUCUGGUUAUUUAAUAUGAAUGAAUUUGUACAAUAUCUGGUCUUUUGGGACUGGCUUCCCAAAUAUGGUUUUGUUUUAUGUGGAGUGAGAACUUUGCGUCUUGGAAACUGGGCUUGCUGUGAAAGGCAGUGGUUGGUAAAGGCAGUGGAUGUGAGGAGGGAGGGUGAGAUACCUAACAGGUUUCUCAGUCAAUCUUGUGCCGAAUAGGAUUUCCUCAUGACCAAGUAUUUGUGAUGUACUUCUACUUAGAAUAUUUUGGCUAGUCUCUAGAAUAGGUAUUGAAAUCUUUGCCCAGUCAGGAAAGACCUGCUACAACUAAUGACAAAUAAUUUGGCAAAUAAUUGACAUAACAGUUUUCAGGCAUGUCUAACUUUGUUAGCAGCUUGUAUACCUCGGGCCAGGUGAGCUUCCCAAAUUUCUUCUUUAAUUUCCGCCAGUGAAUUUCUGCUCUCUUUUUUCAAGUAUGUACCAUAGGACUAAAGAUGAUUUGGGUGUAUCGUAACAGUGCUAAAUGGAUUAAGUUCAGAAUUUUAUUUAUAAUGCUGUGAGACAGUCCAUGACUACCUAGUGUAGUCCAAAAAUGUAGUGAUUUGAGCUAGUUAAGCCUGCAGUUGACUGUGAUUUCAGUGACAUUCAGAAGUGUGUUACUAUUGAAGGCUCUCUAUGAUAUAGGAAUACUCACUUCUUAAAAACCAGGGAACCAGCCAAAUGCUAUGGGCUAAUGGCCCAGCCACAGAAAAUGCAGAUCGGCGAAUUGGAGAUGAUGAUGCUCUGUAACUCCCUGAUGAUUGUUUCCUAAGCAUUGUGGCUUCUUUUUGAGUGGCAUGGCAGCAUCUUCCUGGUUGUAUGUGGCCUGUUUCCAUGAUGUAUUGAGUAGUGUUGUUCGUUGUGAGCAUCGAUGCCUGUAACACCAAGCUAAACACAUUCUUUUGGAUAUGUUUCCUCUCUUUAAAUGACCUUGCCCUGUCCAAUAAAUAAAUGAUUGUCUCACCCUGUUUUUGGAAGUGGUUUUUCUUUUUGUUUUUUGUUUUUUUUUUUUACUUUUAAUCUCAUUUUCUUCUGCUUCUCUGUCCCCAGAAAAAUGUAAGUGUUAAUUUUAUGACUGUAUUUUUUUCCAGUGUGAUGCUGUUUUACUAAAUUCAAUGGAUACUUUACUUUUUAUGGUACAUGUAAAGUCUUAUUGCAAUUUUAUGUUUUUUUAGAGUUGAAACAGAAUGUGUAAGCUCAUUUUAUAAAUUAUCAAAUACCCUUUUGGGUAUAAGAAUUUCAGUCCUCGAGUAGCAAUGUUUAAUCAUUCCAUCACAAAUUUGUUAGAUAGCCCAACUACCAUUACAAAAUGUCACUUGAUACUUAACAGGAAAUCAUGAUUAAAGCGUCAGGGGGCAAGUGUAAAGUCUAAAGACAAUCCAAGGGGUAGUUCUGAUCACAAAACUUGGCACUUAUCUGCAGUAUUUUGAAAAAUAGCACUGCCAGUAUUCUAAUCUACCUAGGAUUGUCUCAAAAUAACCUACUAAUCAAGUAUUCUUUUAAAAGGAAAAAAGAAAGAUAAUAUAUGCACUUGGCAAAAAAAGUCAGACGGUACAGAAAGGCUUGAAGUUAACACUUGCCUCCUUCCCUCCUCCUCCUAACACCUCUCUCCGAAUGUAACCAGCUUAAGGUGUCUUGUACAUUCUUUCAGGAAAAAAGUUAUUUGCCAGCAAAUAUAUACUUAAAAAAGUUUUACAUUAAUGGAAUCAGACUGUAUACACUCUUCUGUACCUUGCUUUUUUUGCUACCUGUGUCUUAUAAGAUUUUUCUGUUAUCAGUAUAUGCAGAAAUGCCUCAGUCUUUUUGAUGACUGUGUGGUAUUCCAAUGUACAAAUGUGUUAUAACUGUUCGAACAUUGAUGGACUUUCAGAUGGUUUCCAGUAUUUUACUAUUACUAAACCAUACUGCAGUGAGCAUACUUGUACAUGUAAUGAGAUUAUACUGACAGGGGUAAUGCCUAGCAAUAGAACCCUGGGUCAAAUGGUGUUUUUCAUUUUCAGUUCAGUGGUUGUUGCCAGAUUGUUCUCCAGAAAUCUUUGCCCAUUAUACUUCCACAAAUAAUGUAUAAGAAUAAUUAUUUAUGAGGCCCAUGCCAACCCUGGGUACUAGAUUUUUAAAAUUUGAUCGUCUGAAAGUGAAUACAUAGUAUCUUGCAUCUAAAUGAAGCUAUAAUGCAUUUUAAUGAAGGAGAUGGAACACAUUUUCAUGUUUGUUGGUUACUUAUAUUUCAUUUUCUGUGAACUGUCUGGUCAUGUUCUGUUUUCUAUUAGAUGAUUUGUUUUUUAUUGAUUUGUAUGAGCUGUUUGUAAGCUAAGAAAAUUGGUGCAUUGUCAUAUGUUUAAUAAUAUUUUCUUGCAUUUUAUUUAUUUAUGGAGUUAACUUAUCAGUCCUUAUGGCUUCUGGGGUUUGUGCCUUGCUUAGAAAGGCCUUCUUUAUGUUUAAGAAUAAAUUUAAUGUAUUUUUCCAGUA